AUUAUAGUUUAAUUUUACGCUCGCUCCGUCCGUCCGUCCGUCCUAAAUCUCUUUACGAUCUCUUUGAAAAUUUAGUUUCACCAUCGGCAAAUGGUUUAUCAAGGAUAAAGAUAAGACAACUGCCUUCUCGUUUUCUCGGAUAAUUCAACGUGAUAACAUUGUUAGGUUUUCAGUAUUAUGAGCGAUAUGGCUUCUGGGAUUAGUGAUCCGUCGUUAACCGAAGCAAAGGGCGGCUCUGAUGCUGCUCGGAUUGCUGAAGUGAGGGCGUGGCUUAGCUCUCAGUUCGAUGCCGCCGGAAAAGAAGUGCCGGAGUUCGACUACACUCCUCGAAGCAUUAACCAUUUGUACAAUCUUGCGACAGUCUCUCAGGCGAAGUCUCAGGCUGCUAACAUUGUCGCCAAUGAUUUCCGCCAGAAAGCUUCCGAGUAUCGUGCACAAGCUGCAAGGAUUAGAGAGAUAUUGGAGAAUGUGGGAUUGGCACAAGAGAGUUUGCCAUCGACAGUGGUUUCAUCGGCACAAGUUCUUGCCAAUGUUGCCAAUUUGUUGAAUAUUCGAGACACUGAACUGAGUAGUUUUCUUGUAGCAAUAGGUGAUAUUUCUUUAAGAAAGACUGGAGUAGAGGAGAAGAGGGCUAAAGUACAGAAGGAGUCCAAAGUUCUUCUGGAUUAUACUAGGAAAGCAAUAUCAAGGUUAACCUAUCUGAAAAGGACGCUUGCACAACUAGAGGAUGAUGUACCUCCUUGUGAGGCUCAGAUGGAAAAUUGGAAAACAAACUUGGCCGUCAUGGCAUCAAAAGAGCGACAGUACUUGCAACAAUAUAACAACUAUAAGGCAUUACUUAAUCGGGUAGGCUACGCUCCUGAGAUUAGCCAUGGGAUGCUUGUUGAAAUGGAUGAGCACAGAAAGGAAUUGGAGAAGAAGACUAAGCCCAUUUUAGAUACUUUGAGAAGCUACCAGGACUUGCCUCCGGAUAAAGCUUUGGCUGCUUUGGCAAUAGAGGAUAAGAAAAGGAAGUAUGCUGCUGCUGAGAAACAUCUUGAAGAUGUGUUGCAUUCAGCCCUUGCCUCUGCUGACUAACAUGAUGGAAUCUGUUAUGUAUUUUUUAGGUCUUAUAUUUUUUUCAUCUACGAGUGCAAAGUGUGAAUUAAUUCAGCUGAUAACCAAUAGCAAAUUGCAGUAUUGUGCUGCUGAAAUGUACUGCUGCUAUAGAAUUUGACGUGGAGGAUUUUUUUUUUUGGCACACUUUAAGUUUUCUCUGUGCAGUUUGAUUUUAUUGUAAUUCAAUUACUAUGAUUUUUUGUGAUAAUUAAAGAAUGUCUAAUUUAAUUUGUUCCGA